UUUUUUUUGUAUUUCUUACAGUGAGUGACUUUUGGGAAUGGUGUUAAUUUUGCGGGUUAUUCACUUCACCUUUCCUCGUCAAAAUGGCACCUCCAUAUUUGUAGCUGUCCUCCCCUGUCCCCCUUCUAACGCAAACCCAAAACUUCCCCUCUCUCUCUCUCUCUCUCUCAUCACUGCCUACAACCUCGCUUUCCUUUCUUCUUCCUUCCCUUUCCUCCAUUGCUCUCUCUCUCUCUCUCUCUAACUCACUUUCUUCUUCACACAACACCCAAUUCCCUCUCCACACUCCACUCUCCCUCCCUCAAAUUAUACCGGGGAAGAAAAAAAAUUAGACAGGAAAAGGGGUAAUGGAAGCACCAGAAUUGUACCAAUCUAACAAUGGCGGAGGAGGAGGAUUCUGCGCGGCUAACGAAAAGCAGCACUCUAGUAUUGACAAUUCCAAGCCCAGUAAUGGCGGUGGUGGUGGAAGUGAGCAUUUCGUCGUGGAAGACCUCUUGGAUUUCUCCAACGAGGACGACGAGGAGGAGGAGGAGGAGGAAAACGACGCCGUAUUGACCGCCGACUCCUCCACCGUCGACAACAGCUGCAAUUCCUCCUCCGGCUCCGACCCUCCCGCUCCUCCUCUUCCUCCGGCCGCCGCACCUUUCUCCGACUCCCACUUCUCCAACGACCUCUGCGUCCCGUACGACGAUUUGGCGGAGCUGGAAUGGCUGUCGAAUUUCGUGGAGGAAUCGUUCUCCAGCGAGGAACUGCAAAAGCAGCAGCUCAUCUCCGGGAUGAAAUCUUCAUCCCACCACGCCGCCGGCAGCAAUUUCGUCCCCGAGAAUCCCACCGCCGGCAACAACAACAACAACAACCCCAUUUUCACCGCCGACGUCUCCGUCCCGGCGAAGGCCAGGAGCAAGCGGUCCCGCGCGGCGGCGUGCAACUGGGCGUCCCGCCUCCUCGUCCUCUCCCCGUCUUCCUCCACCUCCUCCUCCGCCGCCGACCCGCCGGAGCUCACCGUCGCCCCACCUCCGCCGCCGUUGCCGCCGACGGCGGCCACGGCGUUUUUGCACCAGCACCCGGCGAUGAUGAUGAUGGGGAAGAAGACGGUGAAAUCUACGACGCCGAAGAAGAGAGACGGCGGCGGCGGCGGAGGCGGAGGGGGGAGCAACGGCGGCGGGGAGGGGAGGAGGUGCCUGCACUGCGCCACCGACAAGACGCCGCAGUGGCGGACGGGCCCAAUGGGCCCGAAGACGCUGUGCAACGCGUGCGGGGUCCGGUACAAGUCCGGGAGGCUGGUGCCGGAGUACAGGCCGGCGGCGAGCCCGACGUUCGUGCUGACGAAGCACUCCAACUCGCACCGGAAGGUGAUGGAGCUGCGGCGGCAGAAGGAGAUGAUGAUGCGCGGGCCCCACCACCACCACACGGUCAAUACGACGUCGUCUUCCCAUCAUCAUCAUCAGCAGCAGCAACCGUUCUUCCACGGCCAUUCUCAUCAUAAUCACCACCGUCAAAGCGUGGUGUACGACGUCGCAUCCAACGGUGGCGGUGACGAUUACUUGAUUCACCAACACGUGGGCCCCGAUUACCGGCAGCUCAUUUAGCGGGGGCUUUUUUCUCUUCACUCUUUUUUCUUUUAAUUUUUUGUCUUAAAAGGGUAAAUUUAGGAUAGGCGAGAAACAACAAGUCACGGAGUUUAGUGAGUUUCGCUUAAUCUUCUUUUUUUUCUCCCCCGCAUUCUAAUUUUCUUUCUAUAUUUGGUUUAAUUUUCUUGCUUUUUUUUUGGGGUUUUGCCUAGCAUUUUCCAAAAAAAAAUUUCUCAGACUAUACACGAGUUUUGCCCUUGGUGAUUUUACGUAAUGAGGUUAGCUAUUUGCAUGCAAUUAGUUUUUGUUUGGUUGUUUAUU